GUUGAGGAAGUCGUGUAAUAGAUCGGGGGAAUGAAGAGACUGUGUUUGUUCCAACGGCGCGCCGCUCCGGAGUUCAGGAAGCGUCAAUAAAACCAUCCUGAUACUAAACACACGCACUCACUGGCGCGCACUUAUCAGGACUGUGACUCAAGACUGGAUCAGGACACUUUUGCAUUAUGCAUUCGGACUGCAGGCUGCUGGGAUGGACGCGUCGGUAAUGGUGGGCAGAGGGACCGGAGGGGCUGCGGUCUUCAUCCUGAUCGUCUUCAUCUUACUCCUCGGUGCCAGAAGCUCGCGGGCGCAGAAGGGGGAUGGCUGUGGACACACAGUGCUGGGUGUGAGCAGUGGGAGCCUGGCGUCUCUGGGGUACCCUCUGUCCUAUCCCUCAAACUCUGUGUGUGAAUGGGAGAUCAGCGUGACCACCGGACACACAAUCCUUGUGCGCAUUGCGGAUCUUGACAUAGACACAAACAACUGCCAAGUUUCUUACCUGCGACUCUAUAAUGGCCACGGACCGGGGCGAACGGAAAUUGUGAAGUUUUGUGGAGGGAAAGAAUGGAAAGACGCUGUCAUACAGUCGGAGGGGCAUCAGGUCACAGUGCAGUUCAUGAGUGGACCACACAAAAACGGCCGUGGCCUCUUCCUCUCCUACACCAAGACUCAGCACACAGACCUCAUCACCUGUCUGGAAAAAGGAGAGCACUUCAGUGAAGCGGAGUUCAGUAAAUUCUGUCCUGCUGGAUGCCUGACUGAUUUCGGAGAGGUUUCGGGAACCAUACCGCAUGGAUACAGAGAUUCUUCUCCUCUCUGUCUGGCCGGUGUUCAUGCGGGUGUGGUCUCCAACACUCUGGGGGGGCAAAUCAGUGUGGUCAGCAGCAAAGGCAUCCCACACUACGAAAGCUCGCUGGCCAACAAUGUGACAUCUGUGCCACAGAUUUUCCAAGGCAACACCAACUAUCUCCAGGAAGUGCGGAACAACUUUAUUCCUCCAAUUGAAGCGCGCUUCAUCCGAAUAUGUCCCUUGCAGUGGCACCAGAGAAUCGCCCUUAAAAUGGAGCUGCUGGGCUGCCAACCUCAUGCAGCGAGGCCAAGAAUCUUCCAUCCAGCCCCUCCUCCCCCUCGCAGAAAAAGCACAGUGCCCCCCCUACAGGAGAAAACAACACCCACACCCAACAUCCGAAACACCACCAUGCCUCCGCACUCUCACGAUGAGGUGGCGCUGGUGGCAGUGUUGGUUCCUGUAUUGGUGGUGGUUCUGACAAUGCCUGUGUUGGUCAUAGUGUGCUCGUGGCUGUGGAAGAACAGAAAAAGCCCGGAGGUGACUUAUGACCUUCCACACUGGGAGCGCACAGUGUGGUGGAAGAGUAUGAAACAGUUGCUGCCCUCUAAGUUGGAUGGAGAAGACUGCGUUCGUUACAGUUCCACGGCAAGAGUAGACCCCCAGAGACCCCGGGUGGAGCCUGCAGAAUACGCCCAACCACUUGUCACCAGUACAAUGGCCUCUCUUGGACAAAGGUCAACGUUCAAGCCCGAAGAAGCCGAUGCCCCUGAGUAUGAUGCUCCUAUUUCCCCUGAACAUUACCAUGCUUACGCUGAGCCCCUUCCUGCGUCUGGCACUGAAUAUGCCAUGCCAAUCAUGAUUGACAGAGCUAACCACCUAUCAGGAGGCACUCUACCAUUCAGGGGGCGUGGUUUAGUGGCUCGGACAGACAGCAGCCAAUCAGCAAGCUCAGCCUAUGACACACCCAAGAGCACAUCUGAUCAAGCCACACCCACAGAGGGACAGUUGUACCAAGUGCCACAGAAUACCCACAAUGCACCGUGUCAGAAAAAAGACUGACCAAUCGCAGAAGAGCGGACCCUUUUGGAAGCCCACGGCUGAACACUACCUUUCCCAGAAAUCUGCAGAUCAGAUCAGAAUGUGCCGUCUCAAAUUGUAUGCCGCGCAAGUCCUAUCACUGAAAUAACACACAGGAAUGUCAGGAGAGAGAGAACAGCAGAGAUCUCGUUACACUACUGUGUUUUGUGGGUGUUUUGUGUGUUCAUAUGUCUAAAUGUGUGAGUACGAGUGCAUAAUAUGUGACUGCUCUGCUAUCAAACUGUGAGUCCUUAGAUAUCUGUGCAUUUUUCAGAGAGCGGAGAUGUAUUCGACUCGAUCACUCGUUGUAAGGCACAUUUUUCCCUUUAGGCAAAGAUAUUUUCAACAAAACCACCCUCACGCAGAAUAACAAAUGAUCGCAUUUCAAAUGAAUAGACAAACACUCUCAUAACACUGUGAUUCACUGUCAUUUUGCACUGUUGUAUUGUAUUCUGCUGUUACAUAGGUGCCUUCUUUGUGACAUAGCAACACAGGCCUGUGCUGGUUUCUCUAGUUCUGUUCCAAAACCUGGUGAGUUAACUUGCUAUCUAUACUGCCUACAUAGACACCUGCCUUAACAAUGCAGCAUACUAACUUAUAGGGGUGCACAUCUGACAUUGGUUUUCUUAGCCAGAGAUAGAAUAUUUUCGAUCUGGUUACAGUUUAAUAGAUUCAGGGGCCUGCGGUUGAUCUAUCAAUUGUACGAUAUUAUUUGCCCGUUUGAAUUUUUUUUAAUUCAACUCACAAAUGCAGCCAAAAUAUAAUAAUUGAACUCUGAAAAUUGCAAAUUCUGUAUCUUCAACAAAAAAUCAAGUCACACAUGAGAUCAUCAGUCAUCUGAUGACAGUUCAUCAUUGGCUUGUGCAAUGAUAUAAACCAUGACAACAGUCAAGAAAGUCUUUCAGUCUUCUGGGCAAAUCUAGUGUUCUGAAUUCUAAAUUAGGUACUGAGUUGUUAUAACAAUGUACUUGUACUGGAAACAAACAACAGUCAAACAAGUUUUCUAGUAUAUCUUACAGAUAUAUAAAAAUAUAUAUAAUUUUUUUCAUGGGUUGCAUCGAUGCCUCGUAUCGUUAGUCACUGACUUAAAGCUCGAAUACAGAACUUUUGUCUUGAUUUUUGCCCCAAUUUACAGUCUGGACAAAUCCGUGCUAGUUGCUGAAAGUCAGAACAGAAGAGAACAUUUGGUGCCUUAAAAUGCUGUCUUGCUAGGUAGCUCACAAGGUUUUGGAACAGAUGAUGGUUGUGUGCAUUGUUCAGUUAAGUCUGAAUAAAUUUAAGUAGGACGGACUGACAAACAUUUAUUCAGCGCAGGAACUAGCAAGGCCUUUCUUAAAAAUAAUGGUACAGCAAUGGUGCUGGUGCUGCAUUUUCAAUUUCCAUGGAAAAGUCCUCCGUGCAUGACUGCACAUAGACAUUCAUGCUAAGUAUAUUAUUAGUCAUGCACGUCAACCUGUGCCACGCAAAAAUCCAUUUUAUUUUUGCUGCUGAUGUGUCUGUAUUAAUACUCCCAAACCACUAACAGGUCGAGUUUAAGCUACCAAGCAUGCACUGCUUCCAUAGUUACACUGUCCUAAUGGAUACUUUACCAAAUGUGACCCUUUAGCGGUCAAAGGUUAAAGAGCAAAACACCGACAUUCUUGCCUAUAACAGGAUUCACUCUGUGCCAAGUUGUCUUUUAUAUAUCUUUUUUUUAUUAUUAUUGUUGACUUGAAGACCAAACAACCUGAUGGAUAAUCAAUCCAAGCAUAUUAUCCAUUUGAUUUAAUGUUGUCAGACCAAACAUUGCCUCACGCUAUGGAUUUUGGAUACCAGGAUGUUGCAUGUUCAAAGUCAAAAUAGUACACUGUUAUGUUUGUCAUUUACUACAACAUUAUAAAUCAUAAUUCGGUACUUGCGUUAGUUUACUGGCUUAAAGCAAAGAAAUGUCCACAGUGGUGGUGCUAUGGACAUGCCUGUAUGUUUCAGUGUCUUGUGUUUUAAAGUGUACCAGAUUCAGUCGUGUAUGUGCAUGUCUGCUUGUAGUUCUUGAAAUCUUAUCAGAGUUCUAUGUAAUGUGUUUCUGUGCACUGUAUCCACAAGCCUGUGUGUGUGUUCAUGUGUGUCUGCCGACUGUACAUCUGUCUCUAAAUGAUGAUUGGUACUGUAGAUUGAUUGUAUAGAAAACAAUUUUAAAAUGUUAAAUUGAAUUUUAUUAAAAAAUAAAAUGUAAUUACAAAAACCAGGCAGCUGGAUUAAUUAAUAGCUUUGUAUCCUAGCCUUCAAAUUUAUUCAGCAGUGCCAUUUCUUAUUUUUACUCCUUUACUAUUCACAUUAAUAUAUCAAAAUAUAAACACACCUCUAAUGUGACCCAAGCAGCUGAAAUCCCAAAGCAUAUUAACAGAUUUGAGCUUCAAAAUGUCUU